UGCCAUGGCUCUGCUGCCCGCAGCCCGGGCGCUCCGCGCCGCCGCCAGCCUCCGCGUCCCGGCCCGGCUCCGCUCCGCGCCCGCCGCCGCUCCCCGCGGGGCCGCUCCGUCGCCGCCCCCCGCGGGCACCGGGGCCCGGCCCGUACCGCCGCCUCCGCGGGGCGCGGAGCGGGGGCCGCCGCCCGCCGUGGAUUUCGGGGACCCGCGGGAGGCGUUCCGCAGCAAGAGCAACGCGGAGCUGCUGCGGGGGCUGCUGGUGCUGGGGCUGUGCGCGGUCGGGCCGCUGGUGGAGCACAACCGGGAGCUGCUGCAGCUGUGCCAGCGGGUGCUGGGACAGACGUUGUUCGAGCGGCUGAUGAAGAUGACGUUCUACGGGCAGUUCGUGGCCGGGGAGGACCAGGAGGCCAUCAAACCGCUCAUCCGGCGCAACCAGGCCUUCGGCGUGGGAACCGUGCUGGACUACAGCGUGGAGGAAGACUUGAGCGCCGAGGAGGCGGAGCGCAAGGAGCUGGACUCCUGCACCUCUGCAGCCGAGAAGGAGAUGGGAGGAGCAGAGCAAAGGGAGAAGCAAUACCGAGCCCACCCAGGCUUUGGGGAUCGCCGUGGCGGGGUCAUCAGCGCCCGCACCUAUUUCUAUGCUGAUGAGGCCAAGUGUGACCAGCACAUGGAGACUUUCCUCCGCUGCAUCAAUGCCUCAGGUGGCAGCUCGGAGGACGGCUUCUCGGCCAUCAAGCUGACAGCACUGGGCAGACCGCAGUUCCUGCUGCAGUUCUCAGAGGUGCUGGUGAAGUGGCGGAGGUUCUUCCACCAAAUGGCUGCAGAGCAGGGCCAGGCCGGGCGGGCAGCCCUGGAGAUGAAGCUGGAGGCAGAGAGGCUGCAGGAGGCUCUGGCCAAGCUGGGCAUCGCAACCAAGGCAGAGAGCCAGCACUGGUUCACGGGCGAGAACUUGGGCGGGAGCGGCACUGUGGACCUGCUGGAUUGGAACAGCCUGAUUGAUACCCGCACCAAGCUCUCCAAGCUGCUGCUUGUCCCCAACAUGCAGACUGGGCAGCUUGAGCCUCUGCUCUCGCGCUUCACCGAGGAGGAGGAGCUGCAGAUGAAGCGGAUGCUGCAGCGGAUGGACGUCCUUGCCAAGAGAGCCUCAGAGAAGGGUGUGAGGCUGAUGGUGGACGCAGAGCAGAGCUACUUCCAGCCAGCCAUCAGCCGCCUGACCCUGGAGAUGCAGCGCCGCUUCAACAGGGACCAGCCCAUCAUCUUCAACACCUACCAGUGCUACCUGAAGGAAGCUUAUGACAAUGUGGCAGUGGACGUGGAGCUGUCCCGCCGGGAGGGCUGGCACUUUGGCACCAAGCUCGUCCGGGGAGCCUACAUGGAACAGGAGCGAGAGAGGGCGGCCCAAAUCGGCUACGAGGAUCCCAUCAACCCCACCUAUGAGAAGACCAAUGAGAUGUACCACAGGUGCCUGGACUAUGUGCUGGAGGAGAUCAGGCUCAGGCGGAAAGCCAGCGUGAUGGUGGCCUCCCACAACGAGGACACGGUGAAGUUCACCCUGCGCAGGAUGAUGGAGCUUGGGAUCCAUCCCUCAGAGAAGAAGGUGUACUUUGGGCAGCUUCUGGGCAUGUGUGACCAGAUCACCUUUCCCCUGGGUCAGGCUGGCUUCCCCGUCUACAAGUACGUGCCGUACGGGCCGGUGCGGGAGGUGCUGCCCUACCUGUCCCGCCGGGCCCAGGAGAACAGGGGCUUCAUGCACAGGGCCACCCGGGAGAGAGACCUUCUCUGGAGGGAGGUCAAGAGGAGGCUCCUCACAGGCAGCCUCUUCAGCCCCACUCCCUAAGCCUGGCUCUGCUGCCCAGCCCGGAGCCUCCUGUGCCUUCGCCUCCGCUGCUGUUGCCGUGUCCUUGUUGCUGUUUGAACCACUGAAUACACUUUCUGGAGGUCACUGCUGUAGGGUUGCCCCAGCUGGCACUGCCCUGAGACAUCUCCCUCUGCCACACCAGGGCCUUUUGAGCAGUGCCUGCCCUGGACUGGCUUUGGGGAGAUGCUGGGGCUCUCCUGCCAGCCCCUGCCCGCCUCGCAGUCCCAGGGUUUUCCCCGUGGCAGGAUUGCAGGAGAAGGUUUGGCUGCUGCUUCGUGCCAUGGGCUCAGCUCCAGGGUGGCUUGGGGACAAGCUGGCCUCAGCCAGAAGCUCCUCCAGCCUCUGCUGGGGCUGGGACUUGGUCUCUUCCAGCUUUGUGAAGGAUCACUGGGCAGGGCCAGGAUGAGUCCCUGCUGCCUGUCCCAGGGCAGAAACCACCUGGCUGCUCCCCAGGAGACCGGAGCUGGGCAGGACGAGGCUCUCCCACCACCCCAAGCCAAGCUCAAGCCACCUGGGGUUGUACAUCCUGAGGGACACGUCCAUGGGGCAGGACAGGCAUGGGGAGGUCACCUUUGCAUUGCUCCUGCCUGUCUGCACUCCCUGGCUCUCGUGAUGGCCCAGGGCUGGUGGCUGUGGGAGCACCAGGAGCCAGACCCCAACUCAGCUCUGUUGUACACUGGAUUUGCAGGGAAUGGUGAUGAUUAAAUCAUAACUGUUCUUG